UUUAGAGGCUGACAUUUCAAGCAACGAAGGACAACUGAGAACAAAACAGGCUACAUUUAAAUGGAACAAAAUGUUUCUUUUCAAGAUGCUAUUGCUUCCUUUGACAGGAGUUCUAAGCAGAGAUCUGUUUCUCUCCUUCACUGUCAGAGCUGGAGAUGACUUCACUUUGACUUGUGAAAAUGUGAUCAGAGGUCACAGAAACUGUGAUAUCACCAUCUGGCUCUACCCUGAUUCAGGACAAGUGGCAGUGAAGCUGUUUGAACUCGGGAGGAUGAAAAAACUGAGAUCCAACCAGCUGAAUGUUACAUCAAACUGUUCUCUGGUUGUGAGGAAAGUCAGAGCUGAAGAUGUUGGUCAGGACAUCUGUAGACAGUGUGAAUCAGGAGUACAGUCAUGUCCAGACACUGUCAUUAAGCUUUCUGUUGUUUACUGUGAGAAAACAACAGGAGGAACUGGAUCUACGGUAGCUGUGGAUGAUCUCCCAAAACCAACUGGAAGCAACUUCAUAACAGACUGGAGGAUCUUAAUUGUCUUGGUGGUUUCAGUGGGUUCAGCAGGACUGUUUGCUGUUUUUGUGCUCACCAUCUUACUCAGAUUAACUCAAGAGAAGAAACCACAGAUGGAUAAAAACCCUGCAAGUCCGAGUGAUGGUGUCGAUGAAUACAUCUAUGAAAAUGUUCAGCCUUCUUUAUGUCCAGCCUAUCUCAGCAUCCAAUGA